AUGCAGUUUAUGGGAAAGGACAAGGCUCGAGAACUCAGCUCGGACAUUUUCCAGGGUCUCACAGAACAUAAUGUAAAUGAUACACUUGAGAGCAAUGAUGCCAUCGCUGGUACUUUGUCCUCCUUGAGAGACUUAACCAUUUCCGGAUGCGGAAAUAUAGUAAGCCUCCACGAUUUUCUGGAUCCAGCUUCAGUAUCAACCAUCAGGAAAAUAAAAAUUGAUGGUUGCACGAGUUUAGUAUCAGUAGCAACUGGCAGUGCAUGCCUUGAAGAAUUGGAGGUGGUUAAUUGUCCAAAUAUCUGCUCCCAGCGUUUUGUGGAGCCCUACCUCAGGAGCCUCAAGGUGUUCAAUUCUGGGAAUCUUGCACACAACAUCAACUGCUGCUCGCUCACCUACUUUGCAUUCUCCAGCGACUGUGACACCAUCAUACUGAGUGUUCCAGCUCUAUGGGAGUUGCGCAUUUCAGACUGCAGAUAUCUUACAUCAAUUAGAACUGGUGGCAUUGGAGCAUUUCCAUCUCUUGAUUCCAUCACUUUCUACGGUUGUGUCAAACUGCCAACCCUUGAUGACUUCCUAACUGCAGAUCUACCUGCUGUUGAGAAAAUUACUGUUUCAGGAUGCCCUGUGUUACUGUCUAUGCCGGGUGAAAGGUUCGUGAGUUUUCCUUCUCUCAAGGAUUUUGAAGUUAAGUGGUGCCCACGUGUGAACUGGCAGAGAGGGUUGGUUUUACCAUCAUCCCUCCAGAUACUCUCCUUCAAUGAUUGUCGGGAUAUCUCCAUAGUGUUUCCCAGCUGCUUGCAAAAUUUAGGGUUCCUCGUUUCACUGAAUAUUCAUCAUUGUCAGGGUAUAAAGUCCAUUCCAGGCAACGUUUGGCAGAGUAAUCUCCUAUCACUGAAGAGAUUAACUAUUACGAGUUGUCCAAACCUUGAGUCAAUUGGUGGCGAAGAGGCCAUUGCGAAAAUAGAGUACGUGAAGGUUACUUUGUGUCUUAAGAUGAAGGACAUACUCAGAACCCCUCCAUCCUAACUGGAGAGUUGAGUCACUCUUUCCCCAAGUUUAUUGAUCCAUGCGUUGAUUACUUUCUUCUGUAUGGAACACGAUAACAUGAAGACAUAUGGGAAGAGAAGGCAGUUUCCUUAUCCCUGAAGCCACUAAACUACAAGGCAGAUUCUCCUCUUACCGGAAGAAAAGGAAGUCUCUCUAAUUCUUCAU